CCGUCGGCUUGCAGCCAGAGCCACUAAUCCCCAAAGCCUUUAUUUUUUCUCGCUUCGCCUUCCCUUCUCCCAUUUCCAUCUCUCCCUCUCUCGAAGGAGCUCGCCGUCGCCGUCAUUCCCAUUCUUCGCCUCCUCCUCCCCCUCCACUAAACCCUAGCCGCCGACCCCUCCAAUCCCCCAUCAACGCCCAAAUCGCGGCUCCAAUCGAGCUAGGGCUCGCCAAUUUCGGACCGAGGCCGUUAAGAGUUUCGGUCGGCCUUUCGGGUGAAUCCUUCGAUUUUUUUUAGGGGGAUUUUUGCUUUCUCCGGUGGGGAUGGGGAGCCGGAGGGAGGAGGAGAGGAACGAGAAGAUCAUCCGCGGCCUCAUGAAGCUGCCGCCCAACCGCAAGUGCAUCAAUUGCAAUAGUGUGGGACCACAAUAUUUAUGUACCAAUUUCUGGACCUUCGUAUGCUUGUCAUGCAGUGGAAUUCACCGUGAGUUCACUCACCGUGUUAAGUCGGUGUCGAUGUCCAAAUUUACUACCCAAGAAGUGCGAGCUCUUGAACAGGGUGGUAACCAGCGAGCACGUGACAUCUACCUAAAGGACUGGGAUUGGCAACGAAUGAGGUUGCCUGUCAAUACCAAUCCGGAUAGGAUAAGGGAAUUUAUCAGGGCUGUUUAUGUGGACAAGAAGUAUGCUGGUGAGUCCUCUAACAAACCAGCCGCAGAUAGUAAGAGUGUGAAGAACAAUGACAAUGACAUGAGAAGAGCUAGCUCCUAUCAUUCAUACUCUCAAAGCCCACCUUAUGAUUUUCAGUAUGAAGAUAGACGAUAUGGUAAGCAAGUUGACACGCUUGCUCGAAGGCCUUCAGAUAGGGCGCUCUUCGACGGGAAGCUUGGCAACUUACUAUUCAGUCCAGGUCGUUUGCGAGAUCAGAUGAAUGAAGACCGAUUUGCUAAUGAGAGUUCUGGAUCAAGGUUUUCCGACUUUUCAGCCUCAAGCACCGGUGACUUUAGAAAUGAUGUGCUUUCUCCUAGCUCGCAGGAGACAGGGUACAGCAGUCCUUCUGUCCACCAUUCAAGAAAUGUCUCUGGUGAAAAUCUUCAAUCCCAGACAUACCCUAAUGCAGCUUUACAAAUAGAUUUCAAUGGAGUUCGAUGUUCACAGCGAACAGCUUCUUCUGGAAGUUUUGGAUCAUUUGAUGGUAGCUCAGUGUCUAACAAAUCAGUUGAAUCAGGUUACCUGCCUGAUGCACCUAUAGAAAAGCCAGUGCAUUCUGUUGUAAACCAUCAGACUGUGGCUUCUCCUGUGUCUCAUUCAACACAAUCAUAUGCCUCGCUGCCCAUCAAGAGUACUAUGAAUUCAUCAGAUCACAACUUGAUACCCCAGAAACCUGCUGAUUUACGCAGCCAAACUGCUCCCACCAGGGAACCUGUGCAACAUGGUGGGGUUCACAUUGAAGCCGUGGUGACAUCGCCUGUUCCAGCACAACCAAUGACUUUCACAACUCUUGACCUCUUUGAUCAAUCUACUGUGCAACAGCUUGUCACUUCUGCUGCACCAAUAGAUCUGUUUGCUAGCUUUAACGACCAGUCAUCAGUUUGUUAUAAAUCAGUUGAUUUAAGCAGUCAUUCUGAUGUUGCCAAAGAACCUGCUCAUAAUGUUGUUGUUCAGAAGGCUGUGGCACCAUCAUUUGUUCCAGCAGAAGCGCUCACCACAUCUCAUCCUUUGCACCAAGAUCUCUUCAGUUUGUCAGUUUUGCAGGAACCGGCAACUUCCGCACCCCCUCCGCCAAUAGAUCUGUUUGCUGGCUUUGACCAACAACGACCACAUAUGUCUAGUGUUCAGCAAAUUCUAUCAGCAGCUUCAUUGCCUGCUAAUGAAGGAUGGGCUUUCAUUGACGCACAAAAACCUGGAUCUCUGAUGUCCGUUUCAAAUGUGCAAGCUCAGGUGCCUGCUGCAUUCCCUUCAACUGAUGGCAUUGCUAAAGGAAUUGAUCGAUCAACAUUGCCAACUUCGCCACCAAAUGCCAGUGGGUCACAUAGUGCUCCAGCGAUGAUGGAUAACUGGAGUUUAAAUGCUGAAGAAGUGAAGAUCUCUGUCUCCAAAGAAAAUUCUCAGUCUUGGAAUGCCUUUGGUGAAUCUACUCAGAGCACAUCAAAUAAUAUGUUCACAUUUAACGCUAUGUCUCAAGUGGCUCCUCAUCAAUUCACAACACCUGGUGCUCCAUGUGUUGGAUCUAGAACUCCGCAGGUUCUGGCUAGGGGCGAGCCUGAAAGGUCAACUCUUGGGGAUAUGUUUUGUGGCUUUAAUGUUUCACCUGGUGACAUGGCUGGGCCUUCGUUUCCUGCACCACUUCAACCCCAUUUGGGUGGCAUGGUGUCUCAUCCUGGAAGGUCAACAAAUCCAUUUGACAUGGCAUUUGAAUCUGAUGUUGACGCCAACAACAUGUUCAUGGAUUUGACCUCCCUACAAGAGACAUUGCCAGAUCUUCAUGCUCCUACCGAUUACUCUAGGAGCUUCACUGAGCCGUGGGAUUCUCAGAAUUCCACUCUGCCAUAUAUUCCUUCUAUGCCUCAAGGAGGGUUAUCAUACAUGGCGGGACAAGACUCACACAUGUUGAACUCGACACAUCAAGGACCUUUCCCACCGAGAAAUCCAUUUGAGUGAGUGCUGGUAAAGAAUGUGUUGCUGAUAGUGUUGGACAGAAGAGGAAGGCAACUGGCAGUUGGCACUGCUCGAAACUCAAGUGGAUAAUCGGGUGUACUAUAUGCAUUGAAGUAUUUGUGCGUGGAAUCUGAAACCAGAAGUAAAUAUGUUCAUUGUCUCCGCUCCCCUUGUAUUUGAGAAAAGAAAGCAUAGAAGUCGAAAUACAAGCGCGCUGGAAUUUUUGCCCGAAGCAAGCUGUCCUCUCCACUGAUGUCUCUGGCAGGCAGUGCUGUUCAAACAUCCUAAUUUGCUUUCACCUGUUUCUGUCAUAUGCCCGUGGUUUGUCUUCUUGUUAAAUCCUGUUGUCAAUCAGAAAAUCAGAAAAGGAACGGCAUUUCCAUCAACGACUAGAUCAUUACCAUUCUUUCGGUCCUUAAUCGUGGGUAGUAGUAAAAUUACGCUGGUUCAUCAAAGGAUCGAUUUGCCGUCGCAUGUCGUGUUAAUCAAGGAUAGUUAUAUGUUUGUUACAUUGGAUCUGGGCUUUUUUGUUUCGUCUUCGGACAUUUGUCGUGCAUUUUCAUCCUGUUGUGCAGAAGAGUAAGCAUUUCCAAGCUAAUGUGCUGUAUGUACAAAGUUAAUCUCAUUGCUAUAUGCCCAGUUUAAUAGCAUUGUAUAUUUACAAAGUUCAA